UAAGUACACAAUAAUCUUACAGAAAAUGGCUAAUAAAUUAUUUACUCAUCUCAAACGUCCAGACAUCGGACGCGGGAGUUUACCAGUGCGAGGCCGAAGACUACAACGGUUGCUAUAGCUCCAAAGAAGGCAAACUACAGGUAGUAAAUGUGAAGUCUCAUGGAAAAUAUUGUGGUAUAUCUAUUCAUGAAGAGGGUCCUGUGAUUUCAUCAAGAAUAUCAAAGGGUUCAGAAGCCCAACCUGGAAUGUAUCCGUGGCAUGUUACGAUCAGAAGUAAAGGGGGGGCAGAAAGAAAAAUGGCAUUUUGUGGUGGUACAUUGAUAUCCCAGCGAUUCGUGAUAACUGCUGCUACUUGUAUAAUCAACUUUAACCCAACAUUUGGUGUUCCUUUUUCGGCAGAAAAUGUAGAAAUUUUACUUGGUACAACAGAUUGUACAGGAACUCAGAAUGAUGGGACGAGAAGAACAAUACAAAGUUUUACUGUUCAUCCAGAUUAUGGAGACAGACACGUUUAUGAUAAUGAUAUAGCAUUGAUAGAACUGGACUCUUUGGUUGAAUACACCGAUGAUAUACGUCCUAUAUGUCUUGAACCUGCAGACUUCAAUGACAGGGUGUUCCUAGAAAUGAGUGGUUCAAUUGGCCGUGUAAUUGGGAAAGUCGCUGGCUGCGGUGUAACCAGAAGAAGCGUCUUUCCCUCGAGAUUGAGGGAUGUAUAUAUUCCGUAUGUAGACAGAGAAACAUGUCUUGAUUCAUUGGGCCAGUGGCGCGAUAAACUAACUGACACGAUGUUUUGUGCCGGGAGUAAUAUUGCUAGAACUGGAGACAGUUGCCUGGGGGACAGUGGAAGCGGCUUAAUCAUGGCAACAAGCACAAGAUGGGUUCUUACUGGAGUCGUUUCCUGGGGCAGAGGAUGUGAUAUAGAUAAGCACUACGGUAUUUACACAAACGUUGGCAUGUUCUAUGAUUGGAUCGAGAGCGUAACAAAAUUUAACGAAGAGGAGGUGCCAGACUUUAUCAAACAUAAUUGAUAUUAAAUAGUGAAUAUUUGUUGACUUGUCGACUUGUUUGUGCCAAGUAUAAGUAUUAUAUGAUCCUAGCCAUCAAGCAUUUCAGCAAGAUUACCAAUCCCCAGUACCAAUUUAUUAUGCUUUUGGACAUAUGUAAUUAUACAAAGCGAAUUUUAGGAAGUAAAUAAACUAAUGUCAGAUUUCA